AUGGUGUGGGUGCUGUGGCUACUGUGCCGCACGAGGCUGCCUGGGCCAAAGUAUAGGUCUUCGAUUGUGCUCUGUGUUGUUGGACUUGUGGGGAAUGGAAUUGUCAUCUGGUUUCUUGGCUUCCACAUUAAGAGGAAUCCUUUCACUACCUAUAUCCUGAACCUGGCUGUGGCCGACUUUGGACUCCUCAUAUCAGUGCCUGUGACAAUUUUACACCCAAUAUUAACUACUUAUAUUUUAUGGAUUAUUUUUCAUAUAUUUUAUGGUUUUUUCGUACUCUUUUAUAGCAUUGGUCAACUUCUACUGACAGCCAUCAGUGUGGACAGGUGUGUGUCUGUCCUCUUCCCAAUUUGGUAUCGAUGCCACUGGCCACCAAAACUGUCCACCAUUGUCUGUGUGCUCAUAUGGGUUCUCUCUUCUGUAUUUAAUGGGAUUCACAUCAUUCUCUUUAUGUCUCAGAAUUGGUAUUUUGAACCAACCAACUAUCAAUUUGUUUUGAAUGCAAUUCUCUGCCUCCCACUCAUCACUAUCUCUACUUUGAUACUGUUCAUCCGAAUCUGCUUUAAAUCGCAACAGCAUAGGCGGGGGAAAAUCUUAAUUGUUGUCUUGCUUAGCCUCCUCUUCUAUCUCUUCUUUGCUUUUCCACUUAAUGCUGUUUACCUAAUCUUUGUUUAUUUUCCUUUUAAUGGAUUCAGCUAUUCAGUGGAAUGCCUGCAUUUAAGCGCCUCCUUAAACAGCAGUGUUAACCCUUUCAUUUAUUUCUUGGUUGGGAGAAAGAAGAGGAGACAAUCUAAGCAAAGUAUGAAGGUCCUACUCCAGAGGGUUUUCAAGGAGGAAGAAGUCUCUGGAGCAGAUGAGGAACCGUCAUUAGAAACCCAGUUAUGA